ACAUUAUAUAGUGCCACACAACUGGCCAGAGCUAAAAAUGUUGCUAAAAUCCUUCUUGAUGGCGCCGUUCCCGGAGAUAGGUACAUGGUGCUGGUGUCAAAUGGAAUAACUAAUUUAAAAGCUUGCAAAUUGAACAAUUUUCUCGCUGCUACGAAUGAAGAAAUUGCUCUGAUGAUCACAUUUAUUGAUGGAUUUGAACAAGGUGAUCACAAAUUAUUUUCACAUACUACUGCUAUUCGGGCAGCUUACAAAUUGUUUGUUGAGGAAGAGAAACGGGAUCGGGAAAUUGGUAAAAAUGAGUCUUAUUACAAUGUUUUGUUUUACAUUAGUCGAGGAGUUAUGUCAGAAUUGGGAGAGGCAGUGUCAGUCCUUAAUGCAGUCGCGAAUAUUCUUUUGGAAACAAAUGUUCGCGUUAAAAUUAAUACUCUUGCAUUAAACGAUGGUGAGAAAGCGCCACUUUUUUGGUCUUGUGAAUUUUUGAAAAAUAUAGCGGAAAUGAAUUUUUCGCCAUAUCAGCAGUCGUUGAGCGAAAAAUUCAAAACGGUCUUGAAAGAAAGGACGAUUCCGGGAAAAAUGAUUUCUGUUGGAGCUAAUGAACAUGCUACAUUAACAUUAAUGCAGAUAUUUGAACUCCUUUCUGUUAGUAAUCAUUACUCAUCAAGCGAAGAAUUAUUUUGGUCAUACUCUUUUAAUGAAUACGAUUCUACUCUCAUAUCGGUUUCAACAAAUCUUGUGAAAGAUAAAAAGAUGGAAGCUGUUGUUGGAAUGGAUUUGAAUUUGGAUGUAAUAGCUGAUGUUAUCAAAUACAGUGAUUUGGUGGUAAUGGCACCGUUUGAAACUGGAUUACGGAUUUUUCUGUGUGAUCUAGAAGGUCGAGUCAUCAUCGCGUCUCAUAUGCAUAGAAAUUCACCAUGGCCAAUGCAUAUUGGUACUUUAGAAGCUUGGCCUGAAAAAGAUUCGUGGCCCAGCGGAAAUUUUUCAGCCCCAGAAUUUUACGAAGGUUCAUUCGAAAUUGCCAAAGAACAAGUGGGGAAAAAAAGCUCUUUGAAGUAUACUUGGAUUAAACUAAGGAAUGCGCCAUUUGUUGUUGUUAUGGCUAUGAAGAUGAGCAAAGUGGAAUCUAAAGUUUCAGUGCUGUUGAAAAACUCAAGACAGGAAUUCGUUCUGGACAAUCUUGUGUAUCACCGUCUUGAUAUUCAAAAAGGUUUUCCGCUCUCUUAUUGCUCUCAUUUUGGUCACCUUUCGACUAUGAAAUUUGGGGGUGUUUACUUGAGCCCCAAUUGUUUCACCAUCUCUUCCAUGCAACGACCACCCUCUCCGCAGUGGAUUAUAAAUUAUUGGGUGUAUCUAGGAGACCCAUUUGGUUUGGUUCGAAACACAGGUAUCCGACCAGGUGUACGUGAACAUGUAGGAGCACUUUCUAAGAUUAUUUCAUAUUGGCGUGACAAAAUAGCUAGUAAAUCACAUGAAUUCGUUUUGCGACGUUAUAUCGCAACGUCACGAGGUGUCAUGGUAACUUAUCCUGCGUUCGUUGUUCGUGAUAAUUAUGAACCCGAUUUACAACCGUGGUACGUGCGAGCCAAAGAAUUCCCUGGGAAAAUUGUCAUGACAGGACCGUUUUUGGAAGACAGUGUUGGGCAGAUUGUGACUAUUUCUACUGCUAUUUUUGAGAGAGAAGCUGGUGAUGUACACAGUUCUAGAGACCAAAUUUUUGCUGUUGUUGCAAUGGAUGUCACUGUGGAAUUUUUCGCGAAAUUAUUACUCAGCACAAUAAAUAGUUGCAAAGAAUCUCGGCGUUGCAUCUUGUUUACUGAUUUGGGAAACGUGAUUUCGCAAGGUAUAGAAAUUCGUUUUUUGGGUAAGAAAACUAGAUCUUUUGGAACAACUGUCUCUUGGAAUGCUAUCGAACGUUUUCACAUUAGUCAUUUGGAACCUCAGCUUGCUAUGCGUUUAAUCUUACACUCGAAAUUUGUUGAAAAAAAACAGUGUGCUCAGUGGGUUACUCGAUCUGUCGAACGUUUCUAUCGAUUUAAUGUUUCUUAUCCAGAUGCUUUAACAAUUCCAUGCGAUGAGAGCAGCUCAACGUUCAGGACUAAAUUGGGUAAUAUUCGGGCAGAAGUAAUUCCGAUUCCGCAGACAAAUUUGUUUUUGGCUCUUAUAAAUGAAAGUUGUAUUCCAGAACACCCUAUUCAGGCCUUUUGUCCAUGUUCAGUCAGUGAUCGUCGUUGUCUCCUUUGUACUCGUUUCGACGAUGCGGAAUGUGAAUGCCCCUGUCAAUGUCCUUUGAAUUGUAGUCCGUAUUGUUUUACUGAUGUGGUAGGCGUUCAUCUUAUCAAACUCUGCAAUAAAACAUCAUUGUAUUUUCAUGUUGAAGAGUGCCCAGUGCUGGCAACAGUAGUUCCACUUACUAUAGGAUCGUUGCAAAAAAACAUAUUGCCGGAAUGCAUCAGUAUCAAAUGUGAGAAUUAUAAGACACUGGACGAGUGUUUGGGCGUUCUGGGAUGUCAGUGGUGUGCUUUUGAAAGUGAUGGGCAAACACUUCUUUUAGAUCCGUCUUGUGUAUCUACUGAUCAGUGCUUCGCUGGCACAAAAGGAAGACGAAUUCGCGGCUUUUUGGAAAGUGAGUCACAUUUAUCUUCUCAGUGGUCAGUAGGACCACCAGUUGGACCAGUUGCUGUUGGCAUAAUGAGCGUUUUCUUAAUCGUGGUGAUGGCUGUUUGUUGUUAUCGAACUCAGGUAGAUCGUUUGGUAACUACAAAUUCGUUCACAGAUUCAUGUGGUGCUCCACUGUGUGGAAGAAAAUUUGAAGAUGAUGUUUUUCAGUUUGAUCAUGCUGGCUCUGAGCCAGGCGAUGAAAAAGCUGUCACCUUUAUACAGUUAACAUCAUUUGAAAGAAUGACUAAACCGCUCGUAGCUGCUCGGCCUCACUAUCGAGUUUCACCGCGAACUGAAUCAAGCGAUCAUGGUUAUUCUACGAUGACCGAUCGUAUGCAAGGAGAUGGAAGUGACUGUGCUACCAGCAAGUUAGACCUAAUAUUAUACUGGAUUUUUGAUGAAUUAUCUUGUUCUGCCAUUGUGAAAGCACCUGAUGUACUAAAAAGAAAUGCAAAUAGGUUGUAG